AUGAUCUGCUCGAACCGGUCCGAUAAACGCGGUUCAAAUUGGCUCGACCGUCUUCGAUCCAACAAAGGCAUCCCAACCGGCGACGACAUUGACCUUGACUCCUUCCUCCUCAGACUCACCACCCAUUCUCCUCAACCCCGCCCCAUUAAACCGCCGCCACGCUGUCCAACCGUUACCCACGACCCACCGUUAACCGCUGUUCUCGCUCACCUCUUCAAUCCCGGCGCCACCAUCUCCAUAACCUCUAAGAAAUGUCCCAGGAAACAAACAAACCCUAAAAUCUUCAUCGCGUCUUCCUCCACCACCGCCGCCGCCACUGGAGCCGAUGCAAUGGUUGAAGUAGAAGAUCCAGUAGUGGAGGACAACGACGGCGAGGAAGAUUUUAAGGGUUUCACUAGAAGCGAGGUUACGGUGAUUGACACUAGUUGCCCAAGGUGGAAGGUUGAUAAAUUGGUUUUCAGAAAGAAUAAUGUUUGGAAAGUCAGAGAAAGGAAAUCCAAGACCAAGCUUUUCGCGAAGAAGAAGAGUCAAACCACUCAUGAUCUUCAUAUCCAUGGAACUGGAAACUCCAAGGAUAAUAUAGUCAAAAUGGGAGGAGAGAAGCCUUUAAAGAAACUGAAGGUGUGA